UAUGUUUACUAAUUUGUCACGCAUAUUUUUGGAAAUGAACCAGUUUUCUCUAAUAAUUUUCAUCUGAACUUAAAAUAAAUUAAAUAGUAUCUUAGAAUUUGACACAUCGAAAUGAUUCUGGGCUGUUUCAGUACUUAACAUACAGGUGGAAAUCUUUAUGACGAAAGAUGUCUGCUCCUGUGUUGGUCGGAGUGAUGUUUCUUGCCAUAUUUAUACUGAUGCAGUUAUACCGACGGUAUCGGCGCAUGCACUAUGACGUGCUGGUUCCCGACAUUAGUAAAGGUCAUAGAUGGGUUAUGAUGGAUAUGUUCAAUGAAACAACAUAUUGUAACAUAAAUAACAUACAGAUCAAACAUGGCGCAAAAUGUGACACGUGCGGAAUCUGUGUUGAAGAUGAGAACAUGAAAAAAGCUAAUAAAACACUGCCAUGCAAGCCAUCGUCUGUGAAAGGAGAUGGGACGCCACACCAGUGGGUAAAGGGAAACUUACCAGGGUGUAGUAUAUGUUAUGCGUGUGGACUUGAAUGUGCGACUUUACCACGGAUCUGUGAUAGAAGAUGUGUGUGGUGUAAACGAACACUCCAUGAUUACUGUACACAUGAUGAUAUGGACUGUGAUUUUGGUAAAUGUAGACAGAUAAUUGUACCACCACAUUGUGUUGAACUAAAAAGAGUAGGAAUCAAAGGAAGAAGACAUUUAAUAGUCUCAAAAGCGAGACAUCCAAUGUUUGAAAAUUGGCGACCAUUAAUUGUUCUAGGAAAUAGAAAAAGUGGGAAUAAUGAGGGAGAAAUUAUGCUCUGUGCAUUUAGAGAUAUACUUAAUCCAGCACAGGUGAUAGAUUUACAUGACAUGCAGCCAGAGAAUGCCCUGGAAUGGUGUCACCUGUUGCCUGAUGUGGUGUUCCGUGUGCUAGUGUGUGGUGGAGAUGGAACAGUAGGCUGGGUACUCAAUGCAAUAGAGAAUCUCAAACUAAAGACUCCACCAGAAGUUGGUAUACUGCCUCUUGGUACAGGCAAUGAUCUUGCACGUGUCCUUGGUUGGGGUGAAGGUCAUGAUACAGACGCAGAUAUUGAUCAGGUUGUAGACCAGAUCAUUGCAGCUACACCUGUACAGUUAGAUAGAUGGAAGAUAACAAUAAACCACAAGAAACAUUUGGGAAUCUCAAGACCAAGAAGGGAGAUGGUGAUGAACAACUAUUUGUCUAUUGGAGUUGAUGCAUUGGUCACUUUAAACUUUCACAAGUCCCGCCAGUCCUGGCCGUGGUUGUUUGCUAACAGACUUAUAAACAAGUUGUGCUACCUGACAUAUGGUACAAAAGAUGUACUGGAACGGGAAUGCAAGAAUCUUCAUAAGAAAGUGAAGCUGGAGUUAGAUGGUGAAGAGGUGGAGCUUCAUGACAUAGAGGGGCUAGUGGUACUCAACAUAGCAAGUUGGGGUGGGGGCUGUAGGCCUUGGGAUCUUGCCGAGAACAAAGAUGACUUCAGCCCAGCAAGGUAUGAUGAUGGACUGCUGGAGGUAAUGGCACUGUACUCAUCAUUCCAUAUAGCACAGCUACAGGUGGGCAUGGCUUCACCACUGACACUAGGCCAAGCCAAAAAUGUUAAGAUAACCUUAAUUGGUAGCAAUGCUCCAAUGCAGUGUGAUGGUGAACCAUGGGAGCAGCACCCUGCAGAGAUAAACAUUAGAUACCACAGGAAAGCUACUGUGUUAGCAAGGACACCACAAGACUUGUGAAACACCAGACUGUUGUGCUUAACAAGGUGGUCAUAUUGACAGUCUGCACAUUGGCAAGGACUCUACAAGGAUUAGUGAUAAAAUUUGGAAAAGGACAGCUUCUUAUCUGCAAGGGUACCACAAGAUCUAUAAAAUUUCAGAUAUUACAUAGAUAUGUAUCUUGUUAAAAAAACAGCUGAAGACAUACAAAUGUCAGAAAUCAUAGGAUAGAUUUCUUGUCUGCAGUGACUCAACAAAACCUGAGAAACAACAAAUAUCAUAGUCAAGCUACAAUUUUAGCAUGGAUACAGUAAGACUUGUUCAACAUCUUUUAAAAUUAUGUUUUAGAAAAACAUGUUUAGCAAGCAAGUUCAAUUAUCCAUAAAAGACAACUUCAUCAGGAAAUGUACCUUGAGAUAUUAAACUUCAGAUAUUAUUGGUGAGGGUUUGUUGUUAGCAAAGCAUAUCAACAGGUGUUAAAUGUUAGAUGUUUUAGGAAAAUACUUGUCCUAGCAAGAAGACAAAACAGGAUGUGUUGUAUCAUAAAGAUGCUUCCUUGUUAACAAGGACACUACAGAAGACUUGCAAAACCUCAGGUAUAAAAAAGAACAUGUACCAAUAGCAAGGAUUUAAGUAGUACCAUCUGUUAAAAUAUUAUAGUUUAUAAAAUACAUUUGCUAUUAAGCCAUUUUAUCUCCCAUAGACUGUUCAUGGGCUAAAAAUAUUUUAAAGAAAAUUGAAAAAAACUACAUAGAAAUAUUUUUAUACAUAAUCAGGAUAUCUGUACAGUAAAAGGCAGUGCAAGUUUUCAGUGAUAUUAAACUUCUUCAUAGAAUUAUGAAAUUCAAGAUUGCUCAUAGAUUUUUCUACUCAUUUUUCUAUUUGAUUAUUUUUAUGGUCCUUAAUGAUAUACUUUUGUAUUUAUUAAGUUUAAAUUUAUAUUUAUGAAAACAUGUCAUUGAAUAUAAGUAAAUUGUAUCACGGCGGGUGUAUGAAAGGAUUUAUGUUUAGGGUCACUAAUUCAAAUCCUUCUUUAUCUGAUUUAGGAAUCUUUACAGAACCUCACUUUUUCCUAAAAAAAGUAGAGGGUUCCCUUGUGAAAUGCCUGUCAAUGGUGAUCUGUUGCCCUAAAAAUGAGGCAUAUUUACUCCUGUUUGCAUAUAUUAAACCACAUCUUUCAGUUUUGAUCUAUAAAACUUACCAUCAUUGGAAUAUAAACAUGAAAAACUGUUUCAUUUUAUGUGGUAUACAUUCUAGCAGUGAAAAAGUUUGAUUAAUGCAUCCAUUCUACACAUAUAUAUACACUACUAUACACUUUCAAAAUUUUACAAAAUACAUUACAUUCUGAUACUUUUGCUGUAAGGGAAUGUCACGGAAUGUCACGGCCUCGUACCAUUUAACACUGGGCAUGGAUAUGAGCCUGAUAUGUAAGUUCCAGGGUUUACAGCAAUGUGGACAAGUCAAUACACUUGUUAUAGUCCUUUAUUUGAUAUCGUACUUCAAUAAUAUAGACUACAUCAAUAACAGUUAUCUCAGAUUGAUAAUAAUAUAUAAUAAGUAAUAGUACAAAAUUUAACAAAUACAAAUAAACAUACAAUGAAAAAAAAAGAAAAGUUUAAAAAAUUUUGAG